CCGCAAUUUUUUGAGUGAGGCCGGUUAGAACGCUUUUAGUCUAGACGACACACUACUUGCACUGACACUGUCCAGUGAAUGCCGUUAAACUUCAUACGUGUUAAUAAGCGGUUGGUAUCGGCAGCGCUAGUUACUUGCUAACGGUGCGAACAUCAUCAUCAUGAUGAGGAGCCUGCCGUACUUCUGCCGCGGGGAGGUCAUACGAGGCUUUGGAAGAGGGAGCAAGGAGCUCGGCAUCCCCACAGCGAACUUCCAAGACUCCGUGGUGGACCACCUUCCUGCAGAUAUUGGCACGGGCAUUUACUACGGUUGGGCAAGCCUGGGGACUGGGGAUGUGCAUAAGAUGGUCAUGAGCAUUGGCUGGAACCCCUACUACAAAAACACCAAGAAAUCCAUGGAAACCCACGUGAUUCAUACAUUCAAAGAAGAUUUCUAUGGGCAGAUUCUGAGUGUGGUGAUGGUGGGGUACAUCCGUCCUGAGAGGAAUUACAGUUCUUUAGAUGCUCUCAUAGCAGCAAUUAACAGUGAUAUCGAGGAGGCUAAGCGAAGGCUGGAUAUGCCAGAACACCAGAAAUUCAAAGAAGAUAAGUUUUUCAAGGCAUUACAAAACCAGAUUAUGAAUGGCCAUUGACUGUAGCCUUCGUUCGAUCUGGUGCUGAGAUGAGUCAGGGAACUUAUUACAUAUCCUAAUGUCACUUGCCGCUGGUCAGUCACCUGGUUCUUUUCUGGCUGUUCGAUGUGUUUAGUGAACCUUGCAACACAAGGGAACUUUGUCUGGUUCUAUUAGUGUGCCUGAACCGUUUGUCUGGUGUGCUUGCUUUUGUGCAGUGCCUUGAUAGGGCAGUUAUCUUCCUACCCCCAUAAUGUUCUUCAUUGCUAAAAGUUAACCCUGUAACGUUUUGUGUUUUUUCCAUCUGCCUCUAUAUCAACACCAAGAACAGCUAUGUGUGUUUUAGGGCUGAUGAUUAUAGUUAGCUUGUGACCCAAAAACCUUGGUGCCAUUUGCCAGGCUUGUUGCUUAAGUGAAGGAAUUGCCAUCAAGGUUAGUCAUAGGAUUGUUUUGUCUCUUCUCGCUGUUUAGUCUCAUCUUCCAUGGGCUAGAGAUACUAACACUUGCCUCUUUGAUUCAGACUGAAAGACAUCAUUGUUAGUUUCCAAUUCAAGUUCUUGAAAACAGAUCCAUUAGAUGUGGUUUUCUUGACCCGGGUGCUCUGGGUAAUAUCAGAGCCCUUUCAUAUUUAUGGCCAUUAGAAAUUAAAUGUGGCUUUGAAAAGACCAGGCAUACUUUAGGCAUUUUACCCAUUCAGCUCUACAUACUUGUAAUUCCUUGGUGAUCAACACCUUUCCCAUACUCUAAUUCUUGUGUUGAGGGUUCAUUUUUUUCUUCACUUUCUUGGCUUCUGAAAUCAGUGGCCUCAACUGCAGUGUCUAAAUUAAGGUAAUUUUCAAAGCCUGUCGUUAACUUCCAUUUUGGUAAAUCCUAAUGUAUAACAAAAGGUUAAAGCCCAAGUUUAAUUGCUGUCAGAUGUUUGUUUUUUCUCAAAAUUAAUCAACUGGUAGCAAGAGGCACAAGAUCUUCACAUAUGAAGAAGGCACAUAGAUCAGUUUAGAUUUGAGCAUUUUAUAACUAGUCAAACAGAAUUAAGGCGGAAGGAGAGCUUAAUGGUGUUAUUUUUUUUUGCCUACAAUAAUGUGUAAUGGUAACGUUUUAAAUGUUUGCAUUUUGUGCAUAAAAUUUACACCCAAUUUACUCUGGGUGCGCACACAUACAGUCUGAAACCGCUUGUCCCAAGCGGGGUCGCGGUGAACUGGAGCCUAACCCGGCAAU